UUCGAAUGGAUCACGCUUAAAACGAACGGAGUACCCAUUGGUAGAAGCAGUCACUCAACAAUGGUGAUUGGCAGAAAGGCUUUCGUAUUUGGCGGAGAAAAUAUUCCAAGAGUACCUAUCAGUAACAUUGUCCACUGUCUUGACAUGGACACAUGCACCUGGUCGGAACUGAGCACCACUGGUGACGUUCCUGUACCACAUAACGCUCACAGUGCCGCCGCAGUUGGUCAGGUGAUGUACAUAUUUGGUGGAAGAACGGGAAUCAAUAUGGGCGAGGGAAGCUUCAAUGAACUGUAUGCUUUUGACACCAGGAGCAACAUUUGGACUCUUUUGAAACCGUCUGGGGUUGCUCCUUCCCCUAGAAGCUUUCACGCCAUGGCGGUAGUUGCCAAUCGCCUUUACGUGUUUGGCGGGUGUGGAGAAGAAGGUCGCAUGAACGAUCUCCAUUCUUAUGAUAUAGCCAGCAAUACAUGGGAACAACAGCCAACCAAUGAGGACAUCGCAGGACGGGGUGGGGCCGGGCUGAUUGCCGUUGGAAAAGACUUGUUCGUCGUAGCAGGUUUUGCAGGUAAAGAGACCAGUGAUGUCUAUAAAUACGACACAGACUCCAAAACAUGGUCAAAACUGGCGCUUGACAAAGAACUUCCUCCAAGGUCCGUCUUCGGAAUCACAUCAAUGUCUACUUUUAUCAUUGUUUGGUUCGGCGAGGUAGACCCUUCAGAUCAAGGACAUUUAGGAGCUGGAGGAUUUUCCAAAGAUGGCUAUAUGAUGGACACUUGUAGCAAAGCCGGAUGGGAAUUGAUUUCGAGUUCGGGAGAAACUCCAGAAGCGAGAGGAUGGAUGCAAGUAGCACCUUGUCAAUUAAAUGACACGAAUGGCGUGUUUUUAUUUGGAGGCAACAACCUUGACAACAAAAGGUUAAAUGAUUGUCAUUACCUUUCUAUCAAGUUGUAGGUUUACAGAACUUAGUGGAAAGGAGAAAAACGUAGAAAUCAGAAGCACGGAAUAAAAAUCAUUUACAGUACUGUACUUACAAAUUAUUCAGCAGCUCUACAUACAUUUGUGUCUACUAUGCCAAUUAUUACAAAAUAAUAGAAAUACACAGGUUACCUUAUUUAAACAGAUGUUGCUAUAUGUAUAUACAUUUUAGACGGAUUUUCUUUUGAUAUUGAAUUAAUGAAACAUGUUUGUUUCACUUGAAUUGGAAGCGAAAGGAAGACCCUGUCAUUUACUUUUGUCCAAACAUUGCAAACUUUAAGUAAUACCGAUAUAUAUUGCUUUUCAAUGUUUAAUUUGAUUGAUCACUGAUAAUUUAUUAUUGUAUCCACCAAAUGUAAUACAUUUGUAUAUCUUUAUUGAAAAGUAGUAAGCAAAUGGUUGAUUAUCGCAGAGGAGCGCGGAUAUGAAAGAACUCAAAUUGCUAGGCUUACACUCUACAGGAUGUAUAAAUAAUUGUUGCAUCUUUGACACUUCAAAGUUUGAAUUUGUAACUUUAUAUCAAUUAUGUAAUUCUGACGUCGUGGAAUACCACAUCGUCGGACACCCGUGAGACUCCGCUCUGAGUCAAACGACAAGAGUCUCGUGGGUUCCUGACCCAUGGGGAACUAAUAGCCCACAGGUUUUGUAGCUUGCUAUACGAUUCAGCAUUGCUUAUAUCUACUUGAGAGACAGUGUGGAUGUCUGUACAUUGAAAACUAUGAAGACAAAUGAAUGUUUGUAUGAAUUGCUAACCAGGGACCUCAAACGUAUGUCACAGACCUUAUCCAAGAUUAUAAAUAAAUAUGUGUACUCGAA